GAUUAAUGUUUAGUUGGUUAUUCAUGGGUUAAUAUUUUAAUACAAACGGUCAGCUAAAAAUUUAAAGCCAAAAUAGUAUUUUUCUACUGAUUUUUGCGCUAAAAACAGAAAAUGGCUCAGCAUAAAACUUUAAUAAUAGACAAUGGUUCAUACAAGUGUCGCAUUGGUUACAAUGAUUCGGAGAAGCCAUUGUUGGAAUUUCGGAAUCUAGUCGCCAAACCACGUAAGGACAAAAAGAAAGAACCGGCCGCCGCGUUAAACGAAAAUACCUUUCAGAUUGGUGAUGAAAUAGAUGUGGACGCCAUGCGUUUACUAGUUAAAAAUCAGUUUGAACGAAAUGUUGUUACACAUCCCACUUACCAGGAGCACAUAUUCGACUACAUAUUUGGCAAAUUAGCUAAAAACGAGGUGGAUUGGAAACCACAUACGAUAUUAAUAACAGAACCUUUGGCAAACCCUAAUUAUUGUAGGCAAACCAUGAACGAAUUGCUGUUUGAAUGUUACGGUGUAUCAUCGGUGUGUUAUGGUGUGGAUUCGAUCUUAAGCUGGCAGCACAACAAAAGCGAUAACAAUGAACAGGAUUGUUUGAUUAUAAGUUUUGGUUAUCACACCACACAUGUGGUGCCCAUUUUGAAGGGUGCAUUGCAACAUGAUAAAGUUCGUCGUCUAAAUUUGGGUGGUUAUCAAAUGAUAUCUUAUCUAUAUCGUCUACUACAAAUGAAAUAUCCAGCACAUUUAAAUGCUAUAUCCUGGACCCGUAUGGAAGAUAUAUUUCACAAUCACAGUUUCGUAGCAUUGGACUAUAGGGAAGAAUUAAGAAAGUGGGACAAUAUUGAGUAUUAUAAUCAAAAUGUUAAAAAAAUUCAAUUGCCGUAUGUUCAACCGGCUGCUUUGAAUCCAAUGGCUGCUGAGGAAAAACUGAAAAAACGGAAAGAACUAACGAGAAGGUUAAUAGAAGCAAAUCAAAAAAGACUUCGAGAGAAAAAAGGCGAAGAGCCCACAUCGGAUGCUGCAGUUGUGCCCGCAACAAACCCGGUCACCUCAAGUCGAGGUUCAAAAUACAAACCACCUCCUGGCAUUCCAUUGGAAGAUUGGCUAAGAGACAUUAAACAGAAACAUAUGGAUAUAAUAGAGAAAAAAUCAAAUCGUAAUAAACGGCGUCAGGAAAUGGCAAAACGCCAUACGGUGGCGUCCCAAGAGCGUAUGCGUAUUAUUUCCCUAUUGGCAUCGAAUGAAAAGGGUAGCGACGAAUUCGGCAAGGAUGACAAAGAUUGGGAUGUGUAUAAGAAAAUAAGCAACGAAAAUGAAAGUGAUAGUGAUGCUGAAAACGAAAAACUUUUAGAAUAUGACAAUAUUAUGAAGUACCAUCAUGCGGUAAUGGAUAAAGAUAAAGAAGCUAUUGAGAAUACUGCGGAAUUAUAUCAGCUUCAUGUUGGAGUUGAAUCAUUAAGAGCUCCUGAAUUAUUAUUUCAACCCAGUAUGAUUGGAAUGUCCGAGUGUGGUGUAGCGGAGCUGUUAAACUUUGUUUUCAAUUUGUUCAAUGCGAGUGAUCAGCAAACUUUAGCUAAUAAUAUCUUUAUAACUGGAGGUUGCUCAAAAUUACCAGGUCUUAAAAAUCGUCUACUUAAGGAAUUGCAAGAAAUGCGUCCAUUUAAUUCAUCGUUUUCGGUAAGGGAAAGUAAAAAUCCACUUUUAGAUGCUUGGUAUGGAGCAAAAGAUCUGGCAAAUUCUUCAGAAUUUAAAAAUAUCUUAACCAACAAAUCGGAUUAUUUGGAAAAAGGUGCUGAAUAUUUUAAAGACUUUCCUACAAGCAAUAAAUAUUUGCUAACACCCAAGAAUAUACCCAGUUAAAUCGAGCAAUCCAACACUUUAAAUCACCCAAAUUAGCACUUAAAUCAUCAUAUUCAUGGUAAGUAUUGACUAGUAUACAAAACACUUUUCAAAAAGUUUAGAAUAAAAAAUGUAUGUUGUACAAAUAGUUAGUAACAAAAAACCAAAA